AUGCCGGACCGAAAUUCGGGUCCCUCUAUCAAUUCGGAAAAUUACGGUGACCCCGUUAUUGAAGACGCUACCGUCGGUGUGAAGAUAGACCCGAAAUCGUAUAACCAACUUUCAUCUUCCGCUGAGGCAGCCAAAAACGUCAGGAAGCAAAAGGCGGUAGGGGCAUUGGAAGAAGCGGUUGACAGAGCAAUGGAGAAAGUGACAGUUACAUCUGCCGAAACAGGCGGAAAUGACAUUGACAGAUCAGGGAUUGGUGGAACGACAAAAUGA